AUGAUUGCACCUACGUCCACUCCCGCUGUUAAGGCUGAUGAUAUUGUUCACAUCUUAAGAGAUCGUAUAGCUCUUCAACCAGGUUGUCGAGACCGAUAUGGUCGUGCUGCGUUAUUUUUUCCCUCCAUCGAACAAGUCAUAAGUGCCGAAAGCAUAAGAAACGUUCUUCUUUAUCUCAGUGAAGUCACAGAAGAUGCAUCACGGCAGAAAGGAUUCCUCGUUCUUAUCGAUAUGCGUGGGAAGCGUACCUGGAGUACGGUAAAACCACUAUUGAAAGGAAUAGAGGAUCUUGGUGAAGUAGAUACAUUCUCUGUUCAUUCCGUUUUAAUUAUAAAACCGGAGAAGUUCUGGGAAAAGCAAAAGGCACAAAUAUCAUUAGGAUCAUGGUCAUUCGAGGUUCAAAUGAUAAACUUCGAUCAACUGAAUAAGUUCAUCGAAGUGCAACAAAUACCACGAGAGAUUGGGGGAACUUAUCCAUACGACCAUGAUGAGUGGCUAGAAACUCGACUAGAAUUGGAAAAAUGGAUUUGGCAAAUGACUGAGAUUCUGCGUGGGUUGUCAGUCCAUGAAUCCACUAUGACCGAUGGAGAACAACCAGUUGAUGUAGCAUCUGCGAUGAGAGCAAUGGAACAACAUCAUAGGAUACGCAGUUCCAUCCAAGCCAUUCCUUUGGACCGCAUAAGAGCAGAAGCAGACAGGAUUAUUGGAAGGAUAGACAAACCUAUAUGUGGAGCUAGGAAUCCUGAUUUAGAAGCUGCCAAAGUUAAUAUACGAAAUCUAGUUCACUCAUUGCAAAUGAUGAAGGAAAAAGUGUUUACAUCGUGGGAGAAGCGGAAUUCAGAAUUAGGAGUCAUACAUGAUUUCAAACUCUAUGAACAAGAUGCUGAUCGAACAAUUAAUUGGAUUCGCACUCACAGUAAAGUUUUGAACGAACAUAUGAGUGACAUAGGAUCAAAUGAAAGAGAAGCUUUAGAACGUCUUCAAGAGUUUGACGGCUUCGAAACAUCCGCUAGGAAUAAUGAAGUCAGCGUAAAUCAAGUUUGCACGAGAGCUAAUCGGUUAUUGGCGGGAACUACUCCUCAACACAGAGGCAAAGUAGAGCGACUUUCGUUAUGCUUGAGUCGUGAUUGGGAGCAAUUCAAGUCUUUACUGGAAGGACGUAGGAAAAUUUUAACAACUGCUGUUGCUUUUUUCCGCUGUACGAGUCAGUAUUUUUCUCAAUACUCUUGUUGGCUGGAAAAUCCUGGGGUCAACGUAGAAUCAGUAGAUGGCAAUGAUCAAGGUAGUUUGGAUGAUGCCAUUAAUAGGCACCUAUCUUUUUGGAACCAAGUGGAAACGGUUUAUUGUGAAGCUGUGUCUCAAUCUAGUCAAUUGUUACAAGCUCUGAGAGGUUGUAACGCCGAUGCAUCACAAUGCACAAAUAUGAAUACUCAACUCACACGAUCUCAAAAACAGCUUCACGAUAUUUGGAAUACCAGAAAGAUGAAAUUACAUUCACUGCUUGCUUUCAUUGCUUUCAAGUCUGAUAUAAAGCUAGUAAUAGAUUGGCUCAAUGAGCACGGUGACACUUACCUUAGAAGAAACGUUAAAAUCGGUGAUUCUCGUGAUUCUGCCAUCCAUUGUCAGAGAAGUCAUAACCAUUUCCGUAGAAUAGCAGAAAAUACUUUUCUCAAUGCUACAAAACUGUUCAAUGCUGGGGUUGUUAUUGUGAAUUCGGGUGUUGUCGAUCAGGAACGAAUGAGAGCAAUUUUGCGAGAUCUAGAAGAGCGGGUUCAGCGUUUUACAGCGCGAUUAGAAGCCAGGAACAAGUUGCUCAAUAUGUCCGUUCUUUUCCAUACCCAUUAUAACGAAUUGUUAGACUGGUAUGCAACAAUGGAACGUAAGUAUGAUAAGUCUGUAGCAUGCACGGUCAAAGAAUGCAAUGAUAAUAGAGAACAGUGGAUAUUAGAAAGCGAUGGAACAGCUCAGGCUUAUGCCACUACAAUGGGGGAAGGAAAUGAUCUCAUAAAAGAGCUGCAAAGACAGCAUCUUCCUCCCGAUUUCGAUUUCUCCGAAACCGUUCUUCAUGUGUCAAGAUUGAUGGAAGCUAUUGAAAAGUCUAAUCAUAAGUUAUUGGAGCUUUGGGUGCCUCAACGAACUUUACUCGAAGUAGGAGCUAAAUUCGCUAAUUUUUUGGCAGACUGUGCUGAUGUACUAGAGCAAAUUCUGAGUUGGCGUAGAGAUAUGCGGGCGAUGCUAGAUGACGCAAACUUUGCUAGUAAUGCUCAUAUUGUUCAACCGUUCCAUGCGGAGAAUACAAAUAAAGUCAAGGAAGCGAUCAAGAGCAUUAAGUUAUUUGCACGGGAAGUCUUACAGUUCAUACAUGGGAAUCAGUUCGAUGACGUUAAAGUUAAAGGAAGAGAAGAACUUGUUGUGGAUAUGAUAAGAAAUAGUCUGCGACAGUUAGAGAAUGCUGAGCAACAAGUUAUGAAGGUAGCGAAAGAUGCCACGAUAAAAAUAGAUGGAGCGGUUAUUUUACGAGAGGCUAUCGUGCGAACUGAUGCUUUGGUCAAAUUUUUCGAUGAGUCUAUAGAUUGCUUGUACGAAAACAAUCAGUUCCCAAAGAACUACGAUGAGUCUGUGAAUAUGCUGGAGGAUCAUAAGAGGUUUAGGUCAAGAGUGUCUUCGUAUAAGAGCGGAGAAUUAGAGACUUUUCUGACGUUUACUAACGAGCUGAUCCGUGAAAAUCAAUCAGGUCGAAUAAGUAUUGAAAGGAACUCUGUUAUAGCUUUGAAUGAGAACGUCAUAUCGAAAUGGCGUCUUUUAGUCGGCUUAACGGAAGAAAGAAACAAAUUGUUAUUGGCAGCAGUGGCAUGUUUCAAAACUUAUCACAAAAUAUUGCUUCCUUUGCUGAAGCAGUUGGAUAAGGAGGAACAUGUGGACGAUUGGUGUCAGAAAUGUAAUACUUCGAGUACAAUUGAGAAAGCAAACUAUUUAUCCAACUUAAUUAGCCAGCACACAGAGUACAAGGAGAAGUUUCUGAAAGGUUGUUCAUAUGCAUUGAAGAACAGUGAGACAUAUUUGAAACAUAUUCAGCGCGAUGCAAUGAAUAACCCCACCAAAUCUGAGAAUGAGUCAAUGAUCAACGAGAUGAAAAGUCAUGUCAGGGAACGCCAAUCUAAGAUUAUGGAGAUUUGGAACAGAAAGAAGAGACAUUUGGAUAGGUGCUAUCAUUUUGUUUUAUAUCAUGCUUCAUGCUCCGAGAUAUUCGAAUGGAUUGGAGGUGAAGGCGAAGUAUUGCUGCGCAAUUUCUCUGGCAAAGUCAAGAAUAGCAACGAUACGGCUCUGCUGGAACUGUUCGUUAACUUCAAGAUAAUGGUUAAGGAGAAACGUGCCACCAUUCAAACGUUGUUAUGUAUGGGCAACAAUUUGUUCACCGACGCCAUAGAACAUAAGAAUGAGUUUACGGAAAUCAUGGAUGAUCUUAAGAGCAGAUUUGAACAGUUCUCUCAGAAAGUCAAUGAUUGUGAAGUAGUUCUUAGAGGAACCAAGAUCACGAGGAACGAGUUAUCUCUGAAUCGCCAUUCGGAUAGCAGCGUUGAGGAGAGAAUGGAUAAAGAACAUGCCAAGAUCACCGAUGAAAGGAAACAGAAAAUGAUGGAGCCAAUGCAAGAGCUUAUUAAAUCAGAGAAAGAUUAUAUCGAAGAUUUAUGCCGCUGCGUUCAAGUUUAUAUCAAAGAGUAUGAUACCGCCAGCACAUCUGGCACACUCCCAAUCGCUCUAGUCGACCGAAGAAAGGAGAUAUUCGGAAAUAUGGAGCUUUUGUAUAAAUUCCACUCAGAAACUUUUAUUGGCGAACUAAAGAAGUAUGAGAACGAACCAGAAGAUGUAGGAUGCUCUUUCAUAUUAUGGGUUGAUUGUCUGAAUGACUUAUACACUGAGUACUGUGUGAAUAAGGAGCAAAACGCCAACAUAAUAUCUUUACCUGAUGCUUUGCAAUUCUUUGGAGGAGUGCGUGAGAAAAAUAGUUUGGAGAUCAGUAAUGACUUGGGAUCUUUACUCAUCAAACCAGUUCAGAGAAUCACUAGGUAUCGAUUAAUGAUGGAGCAGUUGAUGCGGAACAGUACCGAGAACGUAGAGGAAAUAAAAGAAGCUUAUGAGGUUGUUCUAAGUGUUCCUCGACGGGUUAACGAUAUUAUUCACUUGAACUGCUUGGAUAAGAGCAAGCUCGGAGUAUUGGGUCCUUUUGUAAUGCAAGACUUCAUGACUAUAUGGGAACCUAGGACAUACUUCAAAAAAGGAAAAGAGCGACAGGUGUUCUUAUUCGAGCUGGCUAUCGUUUUUGCCAAAAAGAUUGAGAUGCCGUCAAAGGCUAUUCGUUAUGUUGCCAAAGGAAAACCGAUAUCGCUCGGCGAAGUGUCUGUAGUGGAGCAUGUUGAAGGCGAUGUUUCUCGAUUUGGUUUACGUGUUGGAACAAUAGCUACCAAUGAGAACCGAACUGAUUUACGUGCCAACUCUGAACAAGGCAAAGUUAUGUGGGUCAAGAAGAUCAGAGAGUUAACCCAAGGACUUCUUCCACUCGGUCUCAAAAUGGGCAUCGAAAGCACUAGUAGCCUUAACUCAGCUCCAAGCUCAGCAAGAUCAGUUUCGGCCAGGUCCAAUGUAUCGUCUUCAUCUGGAGAUCGACUUUCUCGUGAUGUCGAGUUGUUCUCACUGGAGAAUCAACGGUUAUCCAUCCAAAGUACAGAUAGUUGCGAGCAAGGUGCAGAUCAAUGGAUUAUAAGCUCAGAUUUCCAACCAACAACUGAGGGACAACUGGCUGUGCAGAAAGGCGAAAAAGUCGAAAUUGUUGAACAACAACCAUCAGAUACAACUGAUUGGAUUCAAGUCUAUGUGGUCGAUAAUCCCUCUCGUACAGGACUGGUACCUUCCAGUAUACUUCUUCCAGAUCAACCCUCCUCCUCAACUGAUCGUCCUGAACCUCUAUCAUCAAGCUCUGUGACGAAACGCAAAUCACUCAGGCGAAUCUUUGCCAACUCUGCCAAGCAGCCACAAAACCGUCUCUCGGCAAGUACUGUCCCGGUCAAUACCUUGCAGUCGCAACCGCAGCAGGCAUCUUCUUCAUUCGCAGGCAGUACCAAUCCAGACAAUCAGAGUUCAUCUUCCUGCACUGUACUCUCAGGGUAUCCAACAACGGGUGAUAAUCAGCAAUCUGGAACUGUUCCUCUUAUUGUAAGUAGCGUGCCAGCUGUUAAUUCAGUAGACGACGAGGCUUUGGAAGGACUACCACCACCAAUGGAAGAAAUUUCGCACAACGAUUCUGCUCACUUGAACGAGGACCAGAGUGAGCAGAGUAUCGCUCGGGAAUCAGUUGAAGAAGAAUGCUCGGAGAAGCAAGAGAAAACUCCAGAGGAAAUUGCCCGAUUUAAGAGACAUUAUGUCCUUAUGGAGCUUGUGGAGACUGAACAGGACUAUGUGAAAGAUUUGACAUCAGUAGUGGAAGGAUAUAUAGCCAAUUUGAAUUCCAUGGAACUACCUGCUGAGUUGCAAGGCAAGGACAAAAUCAUUUUCGCAAACAUUGCACAGAUCUUGGAUUUCCACAAAAAUUCCUUUUUGAAAGAAAUCGAGAAGUGUAUUGAUAAUUAUGACGCUGCUGGUGCUGCGUUUGUGAAAUAUGAACGUCGUCUUCACACUUUGUAUGUUAAGUAUUGCCAAAAUAAACCAAAAUCUGAUUAUUUAGUCUCUCAAGAUGAAUUUGAAGUGUUCUUUGCGGAAACAAAAGCCAAAUUGGGUCAUAAAGUUGCUCUGUGUGAUCUGCUUAUAAAACCUGUCCAACGGAUAAUGAAAUACCAACUUCUGCUUAAAGACGUUCUGAAAUUCACUGAAAGAGCUAAAGAUAACACUAAUACUUUGAAAAAGGCUUUAGAGGUUAUGCAUGUUGUUCCCAAAGCUUGUGAUGAUAUGAUGCAAGUUGGUAGACUCCAGAAUUUCGAUGGAAACCUUAAUGCUCAAGGAAGAUUAAUUCAUCAAGGUACACUUUCAAUUGCGGAGCAAUGUGGUAAUAAUACCCAAAGGGCAAAAGAUCGUAGAAUUUUCUUGUUUGAACAAUCUGCUAUUAUUGCUGACCAUAUCCCCCCUAAAAAGGAAUUCGGAAAUCCUACUUACAUUUUUAAGAAUCAGAUUAUGGUGAACAAAAUGCUCUUUCAAAAAAUCGUUGCUAAUGACGAACCAUUAAAGUUCAGCCUUGGAAGUACGGAUAUGAGCCAGCCUAAUUUCAUAGCUAUUGCUCAGAAUAGUGAAGAGAAGGAGGAAUGGGUUCGAAAACUGGAAGACAUGCAAGACCAGCAGAAACGCAUGCUCGAGCAACUUGUAAACCCCAAAAAAUACAUUUCGGGAGGUAAUUCCGAUGAUCUCGGAUUAGGUAGUAUGAGUCUUUCAAAUGACAAAAAAUCACCGGGAGCAAUACCUCGACCAACUGCACCUGGCUCAGCUAGUCUACCGAAAGCAGGAUCAUCCAAACCAGAAUCUCCGAAAAAGGAUAGUAAGAGCAAGCUGUUCAGUUUUGGGAAGAAGCCAUCAGCGAAAUCACCAACAUCACCUCCACCGGAGAAAUGUGGAUUUGAAGCCGUUGUUAUUUGCAAUUAUGUUCCAUUAAGACCAGGAGAAAUUGCUGUUAAAAUUGAAGAAGAGGUCUCUGUACUCAGUGUGGAAAACGGAUAUGCGAGUAUAAGGACUGUAGACGGGAAAGUUGGCAGGGUGCCAUCGUACUUUCUCGAACUGAACAAAAUCGAGGGCGAAACGUUUGCGGAACAAAUUCAAUUUCGUCGUAGUUGGUAUGAAAGAAUAUCAGAGAUUGAUUUGAAGGGGUUGACAAGCAAUCCUCUAUCAACGUUUGGAACACAUCAUGAAGAAGAUUAUAUUGCUAAACAAAUACAACAAAAGAUACCUGUGAUCACUAAGGAUAUCUCAGACAUACUUGUCCGUGAAGGAGAGAAAGUUAUAUUCCAACCGACCAUAAUAUCACCUGUAGAAUACUCGCUUACAUGGAGAGGCCCAGCUCUAGAGAAGAAGCGGGCAAUUGUUGAAAAUGACGGAAAAGAAGCAAGGCUUGUUAUACCCACAGUUGGCUAUCUGGACUCUGGGCCAUACUCUUUUGUGGCUAGCAACUCUCAUGGAUCCGUUACGUCAGUGGCUCUGUUGAAAGUUGUUAGAAAACCAGAGGCACCUGUAAACCUUAAGCUCUCUCGAACGGGUUGGAGAUCAGUAAAGUUGAAUUGGACUGCUUCUUCCACUCCAGGAGUACGAUAUUGCAUUCAAUUCAAAAGACCAGAUAUGGCAUCGUAUUGGUCUGCCUGCAUCGAUUUGACAGCUACUAAAGUGACUCUCAGACAGUUCCGCCCUUGUUCUUAUAAAAUUCGAGUGUUUGCUUACACAGUUCACUUCCGAAGCGAUUAUACGAACGAAAUCUGUGUUGAUUUCUCUCUGGAACCUGAAAAAACAAAGGAACUCACAAACGACAUUGGUUUCGGUUCAGUCUUGGGAUGUGGAAGAACGUCAAUCACUUAUGAUAUGUUAAGAAAUGCGAAUCCCAUUCAUCUAGCAGGGAAAGUGUUCUCCAAGAAACGGAAAUAUGAGGAAAUUCAGAGAGAGGUUUCUAUACUAAAUGAGCUCUGCUACCCAAACAUCCCGCAGUUUCAUGGUUUUUUCGAGAGUGAGAAGGGAUAUUGCAUUCUGCUACAGAGAAUCCCUGGGAUUGACAUAGCAAAAUAUGUGGAGAAAUUGGGAUAUUUGACAGAAGAUGUCCUGCAAUUGCUAUGUCGCUAUAUUUUUGAAAUUUUAAGUUAUCUUCAUAGUAAAGGAAUUGUUUACACUGAUAUGAAGCCGGAGAAUCUAUUGGUCGAGGAUCGCGUUGUUCUUAUUGAUUUCGGUAGUGCCCAAAAGAAAGAUUCAAUUUUACAGAAGAAAACUAAGAAUUCCAUUGAAUCCGUAUACUGGGGAGAUUCUGAUGCUACAUAUUCCGCUCCGGAAAGGUCACAGGGCUUUUCGCCAUGUGACAAGUCUGAUGUUUGGGCAGUGGGGUCCAUCAUAUGUCAUCUAUGCUUUGGAGAAGCUCCUCAUCGAGCGGCUCCAUCAUUAAAGAGGGCUCAGGAUCGUUUCUCAACUGAGCUUUUAGGAUUUUUAAAUUCAAUUCUUGCCUGUGAUCCAUCCAAACGUUUAUCAGCAGCUGAAGCUUUGAAACACGAAUGGAUGCAUGAAAUAUUUUUAACAAAUUUGCCCAAAAUGGGUGAGAGGUCAGAGUCCUCGGCUGACGACGUGUAUCUGGUGGUGGAAAAGCCGAGUCGCCUAUCUCGAAGUGCGAGCUUCGAUUGGUCAUGA